GCAUGUAAUAUCUAAGGUCAAGAACAGGGAAUCGGGGCAAGCAGAACCUCGCGCACGGAACAGAGGCUGCUGUAAAUGAUAUUCUCCUCAUGUGGGGGAGGCAAGUGACACGAGGAUGCGACCAUGGUGGCCAAUCUUUGUUUACGGCAUGGGAUACGAUGAUGAGGCUCUUGUGGCAUCAGCCUCGAGACUGGGGCAUCUUAACCCUUCGGGGUCUUUCCCGGACCUGAAGGCUGCCAGGCCCUUAACUGGAGUUCAAACUGAUUGGACCUGGUCUGCCACAGGCAACCGACAACAGAAUGUAGGGGGAGCGGGUGGAUCCCCAUCGCCUUUCAUGGUAUGGGGAAAGAAAGCCGGAGGAGGAGGAGGAGGAGGAGGAGGAGGAGGAGAAAGAGCAGGAAUAGCAGUGGGAGGAGUGGGAGGAGGGGGAGGAGGGGGAGGAAGUUCUAGGUUAAACAAUUUCCACAAUGAUGUCUGGGCGACAAGCGGACAAGUUAAGAGGAUAUUGCUCGCGAAUAGGGACAAAGAAUCAAUGCUGGAAGAGAUCAUGGACUUGAAACGGACGGUGGCGGAUCUGGGAGAGCAGUUGAAGAUGGCACGUGUGAGAGCGGUGACUGUGGAGAUGGAGAAUCGGAAGCUGGAGAAGGAUCUGACAGAAGUAGAGAUGCAAGGGCUAGCGGACGGACCUCGCACAGGAGGGGCAGCACUCCUGCGGUCUAAACUGAUGACCCUCAAGGAGAGGCUUGCCGAUCUUCAGGCGGCUUAUGACACCCAGAAUGAGGAGCUGAACUCUCUUCGCCGGGAUGUUCGUGUAACAUAUGUCAGAGAGCUGGAGAUUGAGAGGAGUAUUUAUGCGGAGGAGGUGAUUCGUUUGCAAAGGCUUGUACGGAGGAUGGAGAUUCAUUCUCAGCGAGGAACCUCGGAUUCCAAGGAAGCUACAAAGUUGCGAGAGCGUGCCAGCCGCCUUGAGAAUGCAAACCAUCACCUGGAGCAAUAUAUACUGGCCCUCAAUAGGGCAGUCGAAACGGCCAAUCGGGAACUCAUAGCACACAGGGAGAAGACAACUCAGCUGUUGACCGAAGCCCAGCAGAGUCAGGACAUCCAGAAGGACUUGCAGGACAGGAAACUACACCUGGAAGCAACAGUUAGGGCCUUACAGGAGCAAACCCAGGUCCUGACAGAGAGACUUCAGCUGUCAGAACAGGAGUUACGCGCUUCAGGCCUCAGAGAUCAACCAUCCUCUCCUGCCUACCUUUCUCAGGAGAGCCCAGGCCGAGGAGAAGGAGGAGAAGGAGUAGGAGUAGGAGUAGGAGUAGGAGUAGGAGGAGGAGGAGGAGGAGGAGGAGGUGGUGGACGACAAGGAGGUCAGGGAGGGGAAGCUGGUAAAAGAGAAGAAGAAUGGAGGGAACGACGAAGGUCCAAACGAUCUUCCCCAGGGAUGGCUGCACCCACUGGUGAGCUACCAGGGUCUCAUGGGACUUGGGAGAACGCUACUCCCAUGCCUCAGCAGAGCACCAGUGGGACAUCGGCCCAGCAGGGACUCGGACCGGAGCCAUCAUCUUCGUCCUCUCGACGUGACAGUCUGACUCUCAAAGCCUUCAUCAUAGCUCCAGGAGAAGCCAAGAAGAUAGUUGUUUCUGGGAGUGGUGGUAUGCAGCACGUCCUUACGAUGGAUAUGCGCCCGUGGGAGUUCAAAGCAGGAGGAGGUGAUCGGCAGCAGCUGCAAGAUGGAGAAAUAGUGGAGGGUUUGGCAUUACGUCCACAGCUGGCUGUGGGACCAAAGGUGGAGGAGCUAAGGACUGAAAAAUACACUAGGGCAAGCAGCUCUGAAUUGCCCGGUGCAGCUCAAAAAGGGGAGCAGAAACACAACGUAGGGGGAGGUGGCGGCAAUGGAAGGAUCCAGGAGCUGGGUGGCCUUGCGAGCAGAGCCAUAACGAUGUCAGACGAAUUGCCAUCCAGCGUGAGAUCAUCGUCGCAGCAACAAAAGGAGCACAACAGGAUCAUCCCGAACGAGCUUCCACCCAUGCUUCCUCCUCGACCGCCGCCUCCACCGCCCGGGCAUGCGCAACCGCUGCCAAAUGAGCAUCGCAAUAAUCGACAGAAUGGGACACAUUCUCACGUGCCUGAAGCGCGUCCUCAGAGUGGUGAGAAGUCAGGGAAUGUGGUGCAUGCUCAGAUGCAUGAGGAGCAACGUCACAGUAGGAAACUCGGAGUUCACGGCCAGCCAACUGAAUCGUCGCCGCACGGUGGUGGCCAGAAGGGAGGAAAUCCCCAAGCUCGUAAAGACAGCCAUACGGAGGCGAGAAAACAAGUGAAGGAUGUAGAGCAAUCUAGUAAACCCAAGGAUAAUCAUAUUGGUACGAAUGCGACACGUGCUCAGACACCCGCUCCAGCGCCUGAGGACCAUCGUUACGACAAUAAAAAUGCAGGACAUGGUAAACGAACAGCGUCAGAAGCUCCCAAACAUAGUAAACGAACAGCGUCAGAAGCUCCCGAACAUAGUAAACGAACAGCGUCAGAAGCUCCCGAACAUAGUAAACGAACAGCGUCAGAAGCUCCCGAAAUGAAAAUGCAGGACAUAGUAAACGACCAUCGUUACAAAACUGAAUUGCAGAGUAAUGGUGGAGAAAAGGGAGGGCAUUCCCAAGCUCCCGAACAGCGUCAGAAGGGGGCGACACCGAAGGAUGCAGUGCAGGCUCAGGCGCAUACGCCUGACGAGAAUCGUACUCAGACUCGUAAGGAGAAUGCAACACAAGCGAGGCCUCUGACAAGCAAUGACGGUAAUAAUAGCAAAGAAAAAUUAGAAAGUGCAGUGAUGUCUCGUCAAACCCCCAGAGAGCAGGAGCGUCCUGCCCUCACGCAGAUUGAAGUCGGGCCUACCUUAAGAUCUGCUCCUAAUGACUUGGAAGACAGAGGGGACAAAGAGGCUCGGGAGAAUCGGACGGAGAACCAGAGCAGGAGUCGAGGAACACCUGAACAGAGUUCGAAAGAGUCAUUGCCAACGAACAGGCUUGCAGCAGCGAAAGCGCACGACACGACCGAUCUCCAGGGUCAAGGUCAAGGUCAAGGUCAAAGUCAAAGUCAAGGUCAAGGUCAAGGUCAUAGUCCAGCAGCAAAGGUUAGAAGAGAAGAAUCUGGGAAGAAUGCGUCCUCCUCUUCACAAGCUGCAAGUACAACAGAAGAGGGGGUCAAAGGGGGAAUUUUGGGAGGUGGAGAUCCUCCCCGUGGCAAAGAACACGAGGACACUCACUAUCCAGCCACACCCAAGCCCCCGUCGAACAGAAAUGUUGAAGGCAAGGAAGGGCAUGUCAAAGAGAACGCAAAACCACAGACAUCAAAAGAGCAUCAUCAAGACAAACCGAUGACGGGAGGCGAACGAGCCGAGGGUGGGAAGGACGUCUCCUCUUCACAAUCUUCGAGUGCCAGAGGACCGGGACAUCAAGGAGUGUCGGCCGGGGGAUCAGCCACGCACGGCCAGGGAGAGGGGAAACCUGCUCCUAACAAUCUACAUGCCGAUGUGGCUAAAUCCAAUCCCCCAUCAACAACACAUGGAGAUGGCAAAGAACAGAAUAUCGAAGCGGCGAACGUUCAAGAACAUACUUUGGAAGCGGCGAAUGUUCGACUACAUACUUCGGAAGCGGUGAAUGUUCGACUACAUACUUCGGAAGCUGCGAUGAAUGUUCACCUACAUACUUCGGCAACGAACCAUCCCGGCAACUUGAUGGUGGAAGAUGGAAGUGCGGGUGCGAGCAUUUCAAAUCCCACCAUCUCUAGUGUCCCUUCAGUCAAUGAUCGUGGUGGGAUCUUGUCGCCUGGAAUUUGCAGCUGCGGGAAGCAGCACGAGGGAGGCGGUGUCUGUUCAAAUGAACCAGAGCCUGGUGGUGGUGAUGAUAAACCAAUGGCAGAGCAAGCAUCGAGAACGGACGGGGACAAGAAGCAUCUACAGGAGUCCACCAAGGAGACCGGUCAAGGGCAACAUUACGAAGACGGCAUUGCACAGGAUAAGAGAGCUGACUCUGGUAAUCAAUCCUCCUCCCUCUCCCAAAGUGUAGGCAUCCAUGGGCACCAAGAAAGAACCUCCUCUGACACAUGUUCACUCUCCGGAGAUGAACACAAAGAGUGUGGUACUGAGGGUACCGCCACGAAUCCUGCCAAUCCAACCAUGGCCAAGCAACACCCAUCAGGUACAAAUGGACAUGGCGAUCCAGCAGGCAUGGACGGACUUGGGCACAAACAAAUGCCUAGCAGGGAGCCGGAGGCUGGUCAUGCUGGUACUUCGGUAGAGAACCAUCAAGACAAACGAGAAGGUUCGGAUCCGAAAGCGGAAGGUUCCACUAAGAAAGAUGAAGCUUUGGAUCCCCAAAGUCAUUCCUCUUCCGAAGCUGGAAGAGGGGAACUCCAAGGCGGAUGACAACAUCCGGGGAAAGUUGUGGCUAUGGAGAGAAACAUGUAGAAUACUGUACUUCCGGUGAUCGUGGUAAUCUAUAGCAGCAGCCAUGGCU